UAAGCUUAAACAAUAAAAUUGAAACCAAACCAAAGUAGUUUUGUACUGAGAACGGGCGCCCGUACGACAGGGGACUUAAUUGUGAUUAUUAUAACGUGAUAUUCCAUGGUCGGAACACUUAGGAAUUAUUUUUAUUGAUUUUUUUUUGCAGAAUAAGGAUGAGGUACCUUUUAAUAGUUUUCCUUUUUACUGCAUCCCUUGUCAGCGGAUAUAGGUUGCCGAAGAAUGUGCUGCCUGAAAGUUACCGACUGGAAAUCAUAACACCUUUCGGCGAAGAGGGGAACUUUGAAUACGAAGGAACGGUACUAAUCGAGACUUCCUGUGUUCAAACGACUUCAAACAUAACAUUGCACUCUAAAGAUCUAACAAUAGACGAAAAUGCAGUGUCGAUCAGAGAUGCAACAAGCAAAGUUAGUAAGGCUGUUAAAGGUCUUAAAAUCACUUAUGAAAAAGACCACGACUUUCUUAUAAUUCACUUAAACGAGCCUUUAAUAGAAGAUCAUCGCUAUGAAAUUUAUAUACCGUUUAAAGGAAUCCUUAAUGAUGGAUUGGCAGGAUUCUAUAGAAGUAGUUACAUAGACUCAGUAACAAAAAAAGUCAAAUGGUUAGGCGUAACUCAGUUUGAAGCUAUAAGCGCCAGAAGAGCUUUCCCUUGUUUUGACGAGCCAGCUAUGAAAGCUACUUUUGACAUAAAUAUUGCUAGAAAAGAUGGCUAUACAAGCGUUAGUAACAUGCCCUUAAUACUAACAGAACCAAUGGAAAAUAAGCCAGGUUGGUCGUGGGAUAGAUUUGACAUUUCAGUUCCAAUGUCUACAUAUCUAGUAGCAUGGCUAGUCUCUGAUUUCGAAGCCAAAGAAUCGAAACACGAAUUCAAUAAUGUAACUUUCAAAAUAUGGAGUAGAAAAGAUGCUCUUGAUCAGGUUGUUUUUGCGGGAGAAGUGGGUCCCAAAGCGCUUCAUUUCUUCGAAAACUUCUUUAAUAUUGACUAUCCAUUGCCAAAGCAAGACAUGGUUGCUAUUCCAGACUUUGCGUCAGGAGCUAUGGAAAACUGGGGUUUGAUCACUUAUAGAGAAGCAUAUUUACUCUAUGAUCCCAAAAUAUCUACAAAAACUAAUCAGCAUAGCGUGGCUUCAGUAAUAUCUCAUGAAUUAGCCCAUCAAUGGUUUGGCAACUUGGUAACUAUGGACUGGUGGACCGAUUUAUGGCUUAACGAAGGUUUUGCUACCUACAUGGCCUCAUUAGCGGUUCACAAUUUGUUCCCCGAAUGGAAUUCUUUGGAAGAAGAAGGUGCCAACGCUAUGUUAGCAGUGUUUUCCUUUGAUUCACUCAAGUCAUCACAUCCGGUUUCUGUCCCUAUUGGAGACCCAAAAGAAAUAGACGAAAUAUUCGAUACGAUUUCAUACAAAAAAGGCAGUUCUAUUCUCAGAAUGAUGAGUCUGUUUUUGGGAGAAGAUACUUUAAGAACCGGAGUAAGCAACUAUUUGAGGGAACACAGAUACCAUAAUGCCGAGCAGGAUGAUCUCUGGAGCUCUUUAACAGAAGCUGCACAUAAAAAUCAAGUGCUACCAGAAAAUUUAACUGUAAAACAGAUAAUGGACACUUGGACGCUUCAAACUGGUUUUCCGGUCAUUCAUGUAAAAAGGAACUAUGAUGAUGGAUCAGCAGAAAUAUCCCAGGAAAGAUUCUUGAGAGACACGAUUAAAUUAAAAGAUAUACCUAAUCCUUGCUGGUGGGUCCCUCUGACAUAUUCCACAAAGUCAGCGCAAAAUUUUAAUGUAACCACACCCAAAUAUUGGCUCAGUUGUACUACCAAGAGCAAAGUUAUUGAUAAUAUUGCUGAUAAACACGAUUGGGUGAUUUUUAAUAACAAAAUGUCGGGUAUCUACAAGGUCAAUUACGAUGAAGAUAACUGGCAUAUGCUAGGCGGGGCCUUAAAAGAGGAUUUUAAGCAAAUCCCAACUAUAAAUAGAGCCCAACUGUUAACCGAUGCUGCAGAUCUUGCUUAUAUUGGUGAUCUUCCAUAUGAUGUAGUUUUCAACUUGUGGGGCUAUUUGGAAAAUGAAACCGAGUACCUGCCUAUAAAAACCGCUCUGGAAAAUUCUGAUACUCUUAACACCCACUUGCAGUUUAAUAGUGAAUAUGGAUUGUUUGUGGGGUAUAUGAAAGCACUGUUGGCACCAAUGUACAAAAGAAUUGGUGGUCUAGAAAUGAAUCCCGAUCAGGCAGAAAAACUGGAUAAAGUUAAAAUGCAGACCAGAAUUGCCGGUAAAAGCUGUAGAUAUGGAGUUCAAGAAUGUGUAGAUGAUGCCUUAACAUUAUUCAAAAAACUACAGGCGAAUCCGGAUGGACCGAAUCCUAUUCAAAAGGAUUUAACCAGUAUCGUUUACUGUACCGCCCUAAGACAUGGAGGUGAAAAAGAGUGGAACUUCUUAUGGGAAAAAUAUUUGAAGUCCAACGUCGCUAGUGAAAAAAAUCGAAUUUUAGGAGUUCUUGGGUGUACUAAAGAAGCUUGGCUACUAAAUAGAUAUUUAGAGUGGUCCUUGGAAGAUUCAAAAAUUCGAAGACAAGAUUGUAGCACAGUGUUCACUUCAGUAGUAAGCAGUGAUAUAGGGUACUACGUUGGAAAAAAGUUCUUCUACAAAAAUAUUAAUAAGCUGGAUAAGUACUUAUCAGGAACUAAGAGACGUUUGGGUAGGUACCUGACUACAUUGGCAAGCCGCAUGCAGGACAAUCAGGACUUGGAAGAGCUAGAGAACUUUAUUAAAGAACACGACAAGAUCUUCUCUGAGGUAAAGAAGAGUGUAGAACAAACUCUGGAAACUGUAAAAAUCCAUACUCAGUGGCAGGCAAAACAUGGACAAGAAAUCCAUAAAGUUUUAAAUAAGUAUCAAAAGAAAUCCACGUAGUUAAAUUACAUUAUUAUAUCAACAUAUAUUUUGGGGUGUUCCGAUGGUUAAAAGGGUAACAUGCCUAAAUUAUGAUUUCUCCAAAAUUUUAAUUGUACCAUUGGAUUUGUGAUAAUUAUUGUAACCUUAAAAUAAAAUUGCUGCAAACGUAUUCUAAAAAUCCAUUUAUUUUUUAAAAUCUUUAAUAUACACUUUACAGAUUUAUGUUUUACAGUAUGUAUAAAUUAAUACUAAGCGAUUUAGCAUGUUAGUUAAAUAUACAAAUAUGUACUUAACUUAAAUGAUCUUAGAAAACACGCAACUGUUCUUCUCUCAUGA